UGUCUAUUUCUUUUCCGACGAAAAGUUAGGUUCAAAGUCUGAAACCGAAUUAAUUUAACUUUAUCUCUUUAGUUGUUAAGUUUUAAGUGAAUCAGUGAGUAACGAUAAUCAAGAUGUCCAAUAGCAAAAUGUUCAAUGCACUCAAAAUUCUUAAGAACCGUCAAAAUGUUAAUUUAUUCAGGCUACAAGACCGAACGUUUGCUGCUGCUGCGGCGACCCACACUCAUACGAAGUGUAAAAUGGUAAAUGGUGUAUAUGUUAUAACACUGGAUUCACCUGGUGUGAAGGUUAACUCCUUAAAUGAGGCUGUAAUGAAUGAAGUUAAAGACAUUAUCAGUGAAGUAGAAAACAAUCCAGCCAUUGAAGCAGCUGUUCUAAUAUCUGGCAAACCAGGAUGUUUCAUUGCUGGUGCUGAUAUUACCAUGUUAGAAAAAUGUAAAACUAAAGAAGAAACUGUAGCCUUAGCUAAGAAUGGUCAUGAAAUUUUCAAACGAAUUGAGAACUCUUCCAAACCCUAUGUUGCUGCUAUUCAGGGAACAUGUCUUGGAGGUGGAUUAGAGACGGCACUAGCUUGUAAAUAUAGGAUAGCGGUCAAAGAUUCUAAAACAAGUAUGGGAUUACCUGAAGUAAUGUUAGGGUUGUUGCCUGGUGGAGGAGGUACCCAGAGAAUGCCCAAACUGACAUCAAUACCGACAACUUUAGAUCUUGCACUUACGGGUAAAACUGUUAAAGCUGACAAAGCAAAGAAGUUGGGUAUAGUUGAUCUGCUAGUCUCACCACUUGGUCCCGGUGUUGGACUGCCAGAGGCCAAUACAUCAAAAUAUUUAGAGGAUGUUGCUGUACAAAUUGCCAAAGACAUUGCAUCAGGUAAAAUGAAGGUGGACAGAUCCAAAAAGGGAUUGAUGAACAAGGUUAUGGCAACAGCAAUGUCUUGGGAAUUUGUAAAGAACAUGAUCUUCAACAAAGCUAAGGAACAAGUUAUGAAGGCUUCUCGUGGACUGUAUCCUGCACCUCUUAAGAUUCUUGAAGUAGUAAGGACUGGAGUUGACAAGGGCCCGGUUGCUGGCUAUGAAGCAGAGGCCCAGGGAUUCGGUGAACUGGCUAUGACACCCCAAAGCAAAGGUCUCAUUGGUCUGUUCAGGGGACAGACUGAAUGCAAGAAAAACAGAUUUGGCAAGCCACAAGUUGAUGUUAAAUCGAUUGGUGUGUUGGGAGCCGGUUUGAUGGGUGCAGGUAUUGUCCAAGUGUCCAUUGACAAGGGCUACAAAGUGGUGAUGAAGGAUGCAACUCAACCUGGCCUGUACCGAGGAGUUGGACAGAUACAAAAUGGACUGGUCAAUGCAGUCAAACGGAAGAGGAUUUCUGCGCUUGAGAAGGACAAAUUCAUGUCAAACCUUUUACCAACACUAGACUACAAAGAUUUUAAGAAUGUAGAUUGUGUGAUUGAAGCCGUAUUCGAGGACAUCAACAUCAAACACAAGGUUAUCAAGGAGAUGGAGGCUGUUGUUCCCAAACACUGCAUCAUUGCCACCAACACCAGUGCCAUUCCCAUCACGAAAAUAGCAGCCGGAAGCAGUAGGCCCGAAAAAGUCAUUGGUAUGCACUACUUCUCCCCCGUGGACAAGAUGCAGCUGCUGGAGAUUAUCCGUCACCCUGGCACCAGUGACGACACCGCCGCGGCUGCAGUAGCCGUGGGCCUCAAGCAGGGCAAGGUUGUCAUCACCGUUGGGGACGGACCUGGCUUCUACACCACCCGUAUCUUGUCCACCAUGCUCAGUGAAGCUGUCAGGCUUUUGCAAGAAGGAGUUGACCCCAAGGAUCUGGACAGUAUGACCAAGAACUUCGGGUUCCCGGUCGGCGCUGCUACCCUGGCUGAUGAAGUCGGCAUUGAUGUUGGCUCUCAUAUUGCAGUCGAUUUAGCCAAAGCGUUCGGAGAUCGCAUCAGCGGUGGCGACCUUAACAUCAUGCAGGACUUAGUCAAAUCUGGUUUCUUGGGAAGGAAGUCAGGCAAAGGUUUCUAUGUGUACGAGAAAGGCACAAAAAACAGGGAUGUCAACCAGGAGGCAGUGCAGCUACUGAAGGACAAAUACUCUCUGGAACCACGUGGUGCUAAUACUGUUGAAGAUCAACAACUGAGGAUGGUUUCUCGUUUCGUGAAUGAAGCAGUGUUAUCACUAGAGGAGAAGAUCUUGCACAGCCCGCUGGAAGGUGAUGUUGGUGCAGUAUUUGGACUUGGAUUCCCACCAUUCACUGGUGGACCCUUCAGAUGGGUGGACCAAUUUGGAGCGGAUAAACUUGUUAAGAAGAUGGAAGAAUUCCAUGGAUUGUAUGGAGCACCAUUCAAGCCUGCACAAACCCUUGUCGAUAUGGCAAAAGACACCAGCAAGAAAUUCUACCCCAAGUAAUAUAUUUAAAAUUCAAAAUGCGAAAAGAAUCAUAGCAAUUUAUAUAUACUGCCUUGGCAAUUUUUUAAACUUGUGUUACAAAUGAGACAUCCAUAUUUUGUAUGCAAUGUUAUGUUUGUUAAUCGUUACACAGAUAACUCAUGUU